AGUCGGAAAUGAAAAACCACAGCUAAAACAAAUCUCACCAUCUUCUUCCGCUUGUCACCGUAGAAGGCGGCAGCUUCAGAAAGUACUCCCACUACCUCAGCUAUCUUUCACGUGUUUAUGAACUUGUAUUUUCAGAAUACAAGUCGUAUUCCUUUGUUCUUAUUAGUAGCUAAUUAGUUAUCCAUGGCGUUUGUGGUUAAACUGCCGGCAAAUAUCCAAGGACUUUGUGACUGCAAUUUUACCAAUACGAGCAAGAGAGCUAGAUAUAGCCUUAUCAAAAGGCAAAAGUCUCUGGUUAAAAUGUGUUCAUCGAAUUCCGGUGUGCCAGUCCAGCUCCUCGAGCAUACGCCGUCGUUUAAAUCCCAGAACAAUGCGCUCCCGAUAAUGGUGAAUGGUUGUACUGGAAAAAUGGGAAGGGCAGUUCUUGAAGCUGCCAUUUCUGCAGGUCUUCUGCCUGUCCCUGUGGCUUUUAGUGGUCCAGAAGAUUCAGGAAAGAUAGUAGACGUAGGGGGGAAGCAGAUUACAGUUCACGGUCCUUCUGACAGAGAGAGCACUCUGUCCUCAAUCUUUGAGGAGCAUCCAGAUUUAAUUGUGGUGGAUUACACAGUUCCUGCUGCUGUGAAUGAUAAUGCAGAGCUGUAUUGCAAAGUUGGAGUUCCUUUUGUGAUGGGAACUACUGGGGGAGACAGGGAUAGAUUAUAUAAGACGGUAACAGACUCUAAUAACUAUGCUGUCAUCUCCCCGCAAAUGGGAAAGCAGGUUGUUGCAUUUCUUGCUGCUAUGGAAAUAAUGGCAGAGAAAUUUCCAGGUGCUUUCUCUGGGUAUCAACUACAGGUGAUGGAGUCUCAUCAAGCUAGCAAAUUGGACCUAUCUGGAACUGCCAAGGCUGUCAUCUCAUGUUUUCAGAGAUUAGGGGUCUCCUAUGACUUAGAUAAGGUAAAACAAAUACGUGACCCCAGGCAACAACUUGAGAUGGUGGGUGUCCCAAAAGAACACUUAACUGGUCAUGCUUUCCACCUGUAUCAUCUGACCUCACCUGAUGACACGGUCUCUUUUGAAUUUCAGCACAAUGUUUGUGGAAGAUCAAUAUAUGCAGAGGGUACUGUUGAUGCCGUCCUCUUCCUUGCAAAGAAGGUCAAAGCUAAAGCUGACAAGCGGAUUUAUGACAUGAUUGAUGUUCUGCAGGAAGGCAAUAUGAGAUGAGUUUCAAAUACGGAACUUGUGUUGAUUGCAGGUCCAAAUCUAAAGCAAACGGCUGCCCUUGAUAGGGUCCUAAUGUCCUAUGGCAUUUUGCAUUUUGUAGGCAAAGUGCUAACAAAUAUUUAUGAGAGGACAUACUGCUUAUGCUAAUAUUUAAUAAAACUGAACAUUAUAAUAUUCUGUAGAAUGUUGUAUGGUAAGAGCACUCAAAGGAUUUGCACGUUUUGUUCUUACUAUGCUCCUCGUGUUGUCUCACCAUCUUUUCUUUGUAGUUUCUUAAGGCAUCCACAA